AUGGCAGCUAAACAGUUUAAAAUUGACAAAUCUGCUCUUUCGAGAAGACGUACUCGUUCACUUGGUAAACAGGGAAGAAAAACUUCUCUAACCAAAGAAAUGGAAGUAGACUUAAGUGAUAAGAUAAAAAUUAUGGCAAAAUGGGGGUUUGCUCUCACUAAACCAGAGAUACAAGCAAUAGUUCAAACCUAUGUACAAGAAAACCACCUUACUGCCCAGUUUAAGGAAGGAAAGCCUGAAUCCUGUGAAAAAGUUAUUAUAGCGGUAGACAAGUAUUUUGAAGAGCUUUCAGAAAACCACUUCAGGAGAAAAUGCAUUGAACAUGAGGGAGAUUACAUUGCAGAACAAAGGUCAGUUACUUUUAAGGAAACUUACAUUCUACAGCCGCCUAGAGAAACUAGAACUAUGUUAGUAGCUAAACAAGUGAAGUUUCCAAAAACAUCAGAGGAGUGGCAAGAAAUAGCUUAUAAUAUUGAAACCAGAUGGAACUUUCCUAAUUGUGGAGGAUCUAUUGAUGGUAAACAUCUGCGAAUUGUUAAACCAGCCAACAGCGGGUCAUAUUUUUUUAACUACAAAGACUAUCACAGUAUAGUUCUCAUGGCCCUUGUUAAUGCUGAUUACGAAUUCAUAUAUGUUAAUGUAGGCUGUAAUGGGCGAGUUUCUGAUGGAGGGGUCUUAGAAUAUACAAAAUUUUACGAUAAACUUAUAGAAAAAAAGCUAAAUUUGCCUUCUAAUGACGUAACAAAGCAUAAUUUAAAUUUCGUUUUUGUGGCAGAUGAUGCGUUUGCAUUACAUGAAAAUAUUUUAAAACCUUUCCCGGGAAACAAUUUAACAAAAGAAGAAUCUAUUUUCAAUUAUAGACUUAGCCGUGUGCGCCGCACGGUUGAGAACGCGUUCGGUAUAUUAGCUAAUCGCUUUCGAGUAUUCCAUACUCCAAUUAAUAUGCAACCUGACAAAAUUGACAAAAUUGUACUAGCAGCUUGCGCGUUGCAUAAUUUUUUGAGACGUUCUAAAACUUCAUAUAUAACGAGAAAUGAUGUUGACACCGAAAUUAUUGACACAGGGGAUAUAAUAAGGGGAGACUGGAGAGCAGAAAGACCAUUAGAUAAUUUACAACCAGGAUAUGGUCGUAAUGCUUCACGUGAAGCCAAAGAAAAUAGAUUGCAUUUGGAAUCAGGUCGUCACAAUACGGCCUCUUUGAAAGGUGUGGACAGUAGAAAGAAAGGGAGAGAGAUAGAUGAAUACUUAACAACUUCAAAAGUGUCAGAUGUGAAUGAUAUGAAUGUGCCAAUCAAGGUGGAAGACGAAGUUGGCCUUCAGGGGUUUGGGGUGCCCAUUCAAAUGAACCAAUUCCAAAUUGGUCUUGGCGUGGGUGUAAAUAGGGUCUCAAGAAGGAAGCAAUGUGGUUGCGAUCGCCGCAAAGCCAUUGUUAUGUGCGUGCUGACCAGAUACAGAUCUGUCGAUGAUGAUUACUACAUUCAUGAAUAUCUUGCUGGAAUGUGGAAAAGCAUCGCCUAUGCACGCUUCGAUACUCUAGAUGCAUCUUGUGAAUGGAUACGUGGUAUGAGUAGACGGAGCAGUGAUGAAUAUGCACCUACUAAGUACUUACAGGGUGCAUUUGCAAGUGAUAUAGGAGAGAUAAACUGCUUACCUCCCCUUCAGUCGCAGGCUUUCAGCUCCUGUGUGCACUAUGAGGCUCAAGCGACCUUCAGCUCAGAGUGGGCUCCAGAUUUAAGACUUUCUACCAGGAACAAGCUUUUGGUGAUCUGGGUCUCAUCGACCGAUAGAUACGCAGAGUUCUUCAGCAGGAUUCUGUUUCACACUCUAAUUUAG